AUGCAGUUCUCAUCGAUUUUCGCCGCGUUCGCUAUUAUUUCCAUCGUUUAUGGCGCCAAACUCGACAUCGAGAAGCCGCUGUGCGAUCUUUGCCUCAAAAUUGUCGACCAACUUGACGAGACUUUGAAGCACGGCGACGACGUCGAAAAGGCGGUUCAUAAGUUCUGCGAGGAGGAUGUCCCUUCGUUUCUAGUCGACACUUGCGACAAAGUCAUCGCUAAGAACCUUGACUUCAUCAUCGAAAAGCUCAAGGAUCACGAAGAGGGCGAGAAAAUCUGCUCGGAUAUUUAUCUCUGCAAGACACUUAAAUCCAAUAUUUUCUAA